UGAGCCAUCUCAGUUCAGCACUAUCACGUCGCCGAUCAUAGUGUAUAUACAUACAUAUGCCAGCAUAUGCAUUACCUGCCACACGCGUAUCUAUGAUUACUUGAGUUUGUAUAUGCGUACCACUCCCGCUACUGCGUGUCGUUCGUGAUUUUUGUGAAAUUCUCAGCGCGGAACGAAACUUGGAGCAUCGGCGGAAUAUCGACAAGUGCGCAUCGGCGAACAAGCGAUGGGGGACGCAGCGAUGAAUGUCGCAGCGUCUAGUGGCGGCAGCGGUGGUCAGCGUAUCGUCAAAGAAGGCUGGCUCCAAAAACGCGGUGAACACAUAAAAAAUUGGAGAUCAAGAUAUUUUGUCUUGAGGGAUGAUGGUACGCUGGUUGGUUACAAAGCAAAACCUGACCCACAAAUGGCUGCGCAAACGUCCGCCCAGCCGUUAAAUAAUUUUACAGUGCGUGCGUGCCAAAUAAUGAGAGUGGAUAGACCUAAACCUUAUACAUUUGUUAUCAGAGGCCUGCAGUGGACAACUGUAAUAGAAAGGACAUUUCACGUAGAAACGGAGCAAGAAAGAGAAGACUGGGUAGCAGCAAUCAGAUAUGUAGCAAAUAGGUUAGGGAAUGAAGCAAAUCAACAGCAAGAACAACCUCAAAUACAACAAUCUUCCUCUUCGGAAGAUGUUGAUAUGGAAUCGUCAGCAGGUGCUAGGUCUGAUUCCUGUAGUUCUUUAGGUGUUGUAUCUACAGAUCUAGAUGGUGGUAGUAUUGAUGAAUUAUCAGCAAAAUUUAGUGUCCAAGGAACUUCAAGUAGUAAAAGCAGUGGCAAAAAGAAAGUAACACUCGAAAAUUUCGAAUUUUUAAAAGUUUUGGGAAAAGGGACAUUUGGAAAGGUAAUUCUAUGUAGAGAAAAGGCAACUGGACAUUUAUACGCUAUCAAAAUUUUAAGAAAGGAAGUUAUAAUUCGUAAAGAUGAAGUGGCGCAUACACUUACUGAAAACAGAGUAUUACGCACUACCAAUCAUCCUUUUUUAAUUUCUUUGAAAUACAGUUUUCAAACGGCAGAUAGGCUGUGUUUUGUUAUGGAAUAUGUAAACGGUGGCGAAUUAUUUUUCCAUUUGAGUCGGUCACGAGUAUUCGGUGAAGAUCGUACUCGAUUUUACGGCGCGGAAAUAAUAUCGGCCUUAGGUUAUUUGCACUCGCAGGGUAUUAUAUAUCGUGAUCUCAAGUUGGAAAAUCUUCUUUUGGAUAAAGAUGGACAUAUAAAAAUUGCUGAUUUUGGUUUGUGCAAAGAAGACAUUACAUAUGGAAGGACAACUAAAACAUUUUGCGGAACACCAGAGUACUUGGCACCAGAGGUACUCGAAGAUAAUGAUUACGGGCGUGCUGUGGAUUGGUGGGGUGUGGGUGUAGUUAUGUAUGAAAUGAUGUGUGGUCGACUACCUUUUUAUAACAAAGAUCAUGAAAAGCUAUUUACGCUUAUUUUAUUGGAAGAAGUGAGAUUUCCUAGGACGAUUAGCAACGAAGCAAGAGAUAUGCUUGGAGGUUUAUUAAUAAAAGAUCCAAGCAGAAGAUUAGGUGGCGGACCUAAUGAUGCGAAAGACAUCAUGAAUCACGCAUUUUUCUCGUGUAUCAAUUGGACUGAUCUUGUCGCGAAGAAGAUUCCUCCACCAUUUAAGCCGCAAGUGACUUCAGAUAUUGACACUCGAUAUUUUGAUAGUGAAUUUACCGGCGAAAGUGUUGAACUUACACCCCCAGAUCAGGGCUGUUUAGGUAGUGGAGGGGGUUUAAAUUCUAUAGCAGAGGAACAAGAACAUUUCCCGCACUUUUCAUACCAGGAAAGUCAUUCAGCAGCAACUUCUUCCAUUGUUUCUAUUAAUCACUGACAGUGUCAAGUGUUUUGCUUAAUUAACGUAACGAGAUGUGUGGCUCAAUGCAUGAAAAACUUGGAGCAAAAACAUUCGGUUACAAUGUAUAUCUGACGAUUGUCUGCAAAGCUUAACUUUCCCAAUAGGCAGAUCAAUCAAAUUAUCUUUCUUUACGAUGCUUUUUUAUGCAUCUUAAGAGAUUGUCACAUAUCUCCAAUGGCAAAUUAGAUUUAUGCGUAUAAGUGUGCGCGCCGCAUAUAACACCUAUACACAUAACUAUUCAUUAAAAUUGUAUAUGGCAAAAUGUAUACUAUAAGAUUAAGGUCGCGAUAGUACGAUUAAUAUUAUACUUGCUGCUUAGACUCGAAGGAAUAUGACAGGGAUUAAAUUACGUUCUUAAUCGAAUCAAGUUAACUAAAACUUCUUGAGACAUAUAAUGUGAAUAUCGAACAAUUCUCGUGUCAUCAAGAAACGUGCGGUAAUCGUAAAUAUAAUUUUUCAUUUAACAAAAGCUGCACUUGACACUUUCCAAGUUUACUGUCACUGUUUAUGAUCUUAUUUAUGGAAGGGCAGUUCCUGAUCUUUUUUAAUUCAAUAGAUGACUGUUACAGCAAAUGCUAAAAUAGAAAAUUACAGCUGGCAAAGGGCCAACGAAAAAGAAAAUGGUUUAUCCAUUAUGAAAGUAGAAUUGUAGUAAUAUAUCAGCUUUAAUUGAAUUGUAUAAAUUGGAAGUUUUUUAGCCUUAUGUCAUUAUUAUUACUGAUGAUAAUUAGAGAUGUGCGAGUAUUCGAAAAUCGUGAGUUGUAUCGGGCACAAAGCACUUGCUCGAAACAAAUGUUUAGCUAUUUUUGGAAUUGGAAAGAUGGGAGUAAUUUGUGGCUUAUAUUUUCUGUCUAUUCCAUGAGAACUUGCUUCAUUAAAGUAAAACAUCUGAUCUGAAAGUCUUUGAGUUAAAAUUUAUUAACAUUUUAGAUUGUGUACAUGGAACAUAUAUGUGCUUUGCAUAUAAAUUGCAUUCUGUUGUUUCCAUUUUUACUAAAUUCUACAUUUUUUUCUUCUUAAAAAAUUAUUUCGAAAUACAAUUCUUAUAUAAAAAUUUCAAGUGACAAAAUAAGUGAAUUUUGCAUUAAUUAUUUUAUCAUAAAUCAACCUAAAUUUUAUCGGUAAACUGGUCAGUAUGAUAAAAAUUUUGAUGCACGAUUGUGAUCAAAGUGCCUAGUGAACAAUUAUUUUCUGGUACGAAUAAUGUAAUUACAUUUGAAUGUAAAUAUCGAAAUAUAUAUCACAUAACUAGCGUAAUUAACAUAUUUUUUCCUAUCAGGAUUAAUCACUUAAUCUAUAUCAUUUUUACAUAAAUUACAUGAUAGGUGUUCUUCGAAAAUUCAUUGAUUCAAAACUCAAGAUAAUUAGGUAACACAUAAAAGUUAAACAAUAGUGAUUGAAAUAAAUACGUAAAAAUUUGUAGGUCGAAAAUAUAUUAGCCACAAUUGUAUGAGCAGAACGUAAAAGUUCGAAUAAGUUAUAGUCAAAAUGGAAUUGUAAAAUAUAUAAAAUUACAUGAAGUUUCGUAAAACUCACACAUGUCUGAUUAUAACAAAUUUUAAGUCGAAAAGAUAUGUUUUUCGUAAUAAACAGUCAAGGCUAUUCGUUAUAUAUCUUUAUGUAUCAUUGGAUAGUAAUUAACUGUGAGACUUAGAUGGAAAUACGAAAUCUUAUACACUAAUAUUAUAUUAUUAAUACUAUAUUAUAUACUAUAUAAUAAUAAUAAUAUAUAUAUAAAUAUAAUU